AUGGCGGUCGAACAGCAUGGACGUCGGCUGUUGGCUGAAUGUCAGGAAGAGAGCCUUGAGGACCUACUCAGAAAUCUAAGGCUUCAGCUACAGCCUGAUUCGAAAGAUGUGUUGGGCGUCAAAGCGAUAGAUCAGAUCUUCGAGGUAUUCCGCGCAAACAAGGCAUCACCAUUGAGAGUACCACUAGAUCAAACCUUCGACGACACCCACGAUGACAUUGGCUCAUACGAGGAAGGCUCCGCGGAGUCAGUGAUCACCCAGCGACCACCCGUCCUAGAAAUCACAUCUUCAUCAUCCGCAGCUGGAAAGACGACACUACUCUACUAUCUCACGGCAAAAGGUCUACUCUCAGCCGAACAUGGCGGCAAAGCCUCCAUCGUAGUCUGGUUCGACACUGAUGGCCGCUUCUCUGCAACUCGUUUGCAUCAUGUCAUGAACCAGCUUGCCCGUAAAAUCUCGUCGUCAACCACAGAAGCCAACAUCUCGAAAGCACUCCAACACCUCUACCUCUUCCGCCCUGCCACCUCCUCUCAACUCCUUGAGCAGCUCACAAAUCUCCCAACGCCACUUCUUGACCAUGGUUCCAGCUCGACGAGACCACUGGGUCUUCUGAUCCUCGACUCCGCCACCGCUUUCCGCCAUCAAGACCGCUUCGACGCCGAGCUGACCCGUCUCGAAGCCGGCGCAGACUACGCCAUUCGGCCCAAGUCGCCUACAAAGACGAGCAGCAUCAUUGCCGCUCUGAAUGCCGUCCAGUCCCGCUUCGAAUGUGCCGUCGUAUUCAGCACCCAGCAGCAUACACCUUCCAGUGGAUCUCCGAACGCUUACCAGCCAGAAGCGCCUGCCAGAGCACCUCAGCCAGCGAAUCGAGCACCCGACCCUCAACCACCAGCAGACACAUCACCCGUCUCACCAUGGACAACCUUCGCCACGCUUUCAUUAACAACCGCCCGCCUCGCUGUCUCGCGCUUCGCACCAGCCAUGAGUCUAGAAGAGUGCCUUCGAGAUCGCGACAAACGUGCCGAGGCGGUCGCGCAGGGAAAGUUCUCGAUUGGCGUGGACUGGAGCCAGGGCGACCGCUGGCCAGCUGGAGUUAGGGACGGCGUGAGUCGUGUGGAGGCGAAGGGCAGAGUUGGGAUGGUGAUAAGGGGCUGUGAUGAAGGCGUAGGGGUGAGGGACGAUGUAGUGGUUGAGAUUGGUGGAAAGUAUGGUCAGGUGGAAUAUAUCGACCAGACCAAUACGACUACGGGCCUUCAUCGGCCGAACGCCACUGACAGACACGACGGCGCGCGAACAUCAACCAGAAUGUCCACCCAACCCCUCUUUCCAGUUUACCCAGACCUAAAAGGCAAGACCGCCCUUCUGAUGGGCAUCGGCCAAACCAAAAUCCCCAACUCAACGACAUGGGGCAACGGCGCCGCCAUCGCCCGCGGCCUUGCCCACAACGGCGUGCGCAUUUUCGGGUGCGACAUCAACCUCGCCGCCGCCGAACACACUGCCCAGCGACUACGGGAGGAAUUCGGCAACGACUGCUUGGUGGAAGUCACGACCGCAGAUGUCACCGUCGAAGCAGAUGUACAGCGCGUGGUCCAGUAG